GCGUCCGAGCCGGCAUGUGGGCGGGAGAAGCCUUCCAGUUGUGUCCGGACCUGGUGGUUAUGCCCUACGAGUUUGACUCCAUCAUGGAGACAGCGGAGCAGUUCUACACCAGCGUACUUGAGAUCACGCCCUAUGUGCAAGGCAUCUCCUGCGACGAGGUUUUCGCGGAUGUCACGCACCUCGUCCAGGACGAUGUAUCAUCUUGGAAGGCACUCGCGCGGAAGAUACGCAGCGAUAUCUGGAAUCGGACCGGAUGUGUUGCCUCCAUUGGCGUGGCCAAAAAUCGGCUGCUAGCCAGGCUGGCGACAAAGUUUGCCAAACCCGGACCAGGAUGCGCGAAGUGCGGGGAAGCUGCACUGAGCCGCGCGGGUGAGGAACGCGAGUUCCGAUCAUGUGGGGACCACCCAGGCGUUUACCUGUUGGAGGACGCGGGGAACGAUGGUAUGUCUGGCGUUUUAGCAGUCCCUGACAUCCCUGAUCGCCAAGAGACCACAGAGGCCUUGGCGGCGCUCCCCGCCCGUGAGCUCCCGGGCGUGGGCCCGGAGAGCGAAAAGCAGCUCCAAAAGACAGGAGUGCACACUGUGGGCGACUUGCGCGGUCUUUCCCUGGCAAAGCUCCGGGGGCUCUUCGGCGAGAAGCAGGCGCAGUCCCUCUCGCGGCUCUGCCGCGGAAUUGAUGAUCGGCCCUGGGAUCCACGUCCUCCCCGGAAGUCUGUGGGCGCCCAGAUCGCUUGGGGCGUACGCUUCGAGGACGUGCCCGCGCUCCGCCGCUUCGUGGCGGAGCUCACGGAGGAGGCUCUGCGGCGUCUUACGCGCCAUGGUUCCCGUGGGAGCUCGCUGACCAUCAAGGUGUGGAAGGCCCGCCCAGAUGCCCGACCCCUGGGCGGCGUGGGCAGCGGCGACUGCGACAUCAUCUCGCGUUCGGCGCAGUUUGCCAUAGAUCCUGGGCAUUCUGCGGCGGUGAAGAACACCUCCGCAGAA